AGCCCUGUACAAUAUAAACGCCAGCCCCCAGAACAAGUCAGGGGUCAGUGAGCGGGAAUCAGACAAGCAGACAUGGCUCGCACACCUGCCGUCCUCAGACUGGUCGGCUUCAUCUGCAUUCUCACCCCAGGUGCAUAUGUAAUGAAGGAUGCUGGCACUUGUCAAAAUGCGUUUGGCCUUGAUACCUACCUAAACUUUACCAGCGGCCUACAGUCAUUCAUCAACUGUACUAACCAGUUCAUCAAGGAGUUGGAGCCCGCGAAGCGCAGUGAACUCUACAGGCUGUUGCAGACUGCUGCUGACAACCUGAGGUCCAUCCAUAGAAAAGAUUGUCAGGGUGUCAUCCCCAGGAACUGCAGCUCACCCAUUGUUCCCACUGGCGGUGGCCUGGUAUGUCUCACCCUGAACAAGACCCGCUAUUGCAAGCCGAUGUGUAACAAGGGUUUUGACUUCCAGUUCCUUAGGUUGAGUCGACCGUAUGAGAGGUGUGGAGAAGCAACAGAAUAUAAAUGGACCACUCAGUACGUUGGAGGGAAUCAGCUGGCUGUCUGCACAGAACACCCUACAGCAGUAAGUGCACAACCAUCUCAUUACUUCCUUGAGCACUGUCGAGAUGCACUGUACAACUACAGCCAUGAGACUGACAUAACUUCAACCUUUGAAAGGGAACUCAAGGAAAAACUCCGAGGGAGAAUCAAGAGUAAAAACACCUGCUUAUUGUGUGGAGAUUAAUCCUCCCAUCCAACACUGCGGUGUGGGAAUCCAGGCAUUCUGUAUCAUAAUUACUCAGAAUCCACUGAAAACGGCAAAGAUCAAGAACAUGUCACAACCAUAUGUUAUAACGCUGAUUCAGCCUGUGUCAUGACUCAGAGCUUCACCAUAUUACAGUCCUGAGCUUCACCUUAUAUUACGACUCAGAGCUUCACAUUGUAUUACAUUCCUGAGCUUCACCUUGCAUUAUAUUCUUGAGCUUCACCUAAUGUUAUAGUCCUAAGCUUCGUCCUGUUUAGAAUACUGAACUUUCCCCUUUUCUCCUGUAUUAUAACAGUGUAAAUUGCCUUUCUCUGUAUUCUAUUGCUGAGACUUCUCCUGCAUUACAAUCUUGAGUUUUACCCUGUAUUCCAAUGCCUAGCUUCCUGCUGUAUUACAUUGCUGAGUCUCCUGUUGGAUUAUAAAAUUAAUAAAAGUGUGUCAAUGAAUUGACCAAUGCA